UGUGUGUGUGUGUGUAGGCAGGCAGGCAGGCAGAACGCUCUUCCCUUUUUUCUUUUUUUUUCUUUCUUCAUCCGUAUUGCCUGGCUCAGGAAACCAGUGUGGUUCUUCCCUCGUGUUUUUUACCGCUAUUACUUAACACAGAUUCUGUAACCACCAUCAAAUAUGGCUCUCACAAUAACCUCGGAACUGAUGGACCAGUACCGCACUGAAGUGCAGAGUGAGCCCUCCUCUUGCCUUGCCAUGAAUGCGUGCUUCAAGUCGGACCCACUGGAGAUGUGCAUGUGCCGCUGCAAAGUGAUGGCCACCAGCCACGUCUUCACCCACAAGGUUGAGAGUGAGGGGCGGCCAGUCACCAACCAGAAAUCCUCCGGGCGAUGCUGGAUCUUUGCAGCUCUCAACGUGAUACGCCUUCCCUUCAUCAAACAGUACAACCUGGAGGAAUUUGAAUUUUCACAGGCAUAUCUCUUUUACAUGGACAAGCUGGAACGCUGCAACUACUUCUUGAACAAAAUGGUGGAGUGUGCCAAGCGUGGGGAGGAGGUUGAGGGACGGCUGGUGUCCUUCCUCCUGCAUGACCCAAUCCUUGAUGGAGGCCAGUGGGACAUGCUUGUUAACCUCAUCACCAGGUAUGGUGUGAUGCCUAAAAAAUAUUUCCCUGAGUCAUACAGUGCUGAAAAUUCUAUGAGGAUGAACCGAAUUCUGCAAAGUAAGUUGCGGGAGUACACCAGAGAGCUGCGUGCUGUGGUGAGCAAGGAUGGGGAUGACAGCAGUGUGGUUAGCACCCUCACUCGGCAGAUGAAGGAAAUUUACCGCAUUGUUUCCAUCUGCCUGGGCAUUCCCCCAGAGACCUUCACCUGGGAGUAUUAUGACAAAUCCAAGACCUAUCACAAGAUUGGGCCCAUCACACCGCUAGAGUUUUACAAUGAAUAUGUCAAGCCAGUGUACAAUGUGGAGGACAAGGUGUGCUUAGUUACUGACCCAAGGCCCAACAAUGCCUAUGGCCAUGCUUACACAGUGGACUGCCUGGGGAACAUGGUUGGGGGAAGGUCCACCAUAUACAAUAACCAACCAGUGGAGAUGCUUAUGAAUCUUACCAGUGAGAGCAUCAAGAAUGGUGAGGCUGUGUGGUUUGGCUGUGAGGUAGCCAAGCGGUUUGCAGGGAAACUAGGAAUCCAGGAUCUUGAAAUCCACAACUACAAGUCUGCCUUUGGUGUGGAGGUGAACUUAGGUCUCAGUAAAGCUGACCGUCUCCUGUAUGGGGAGUCACUUAUGACCCAUGCUAUGGUCUUCACUGCCACCACCCUCAAUGAAUCAGGUACUCCUGAAAAGUGGCGUGUGGAGAACAGCUGGGGCGAGGACAGAGGUGAGAAAGGCUACCUUCUCAUGACUUCUGAGUGGUUCAGGGAGUUUGUAUUUGAAAUUGUGGUGGACAAGAAAUACGUGCCUGAGGAGGUGUUAGCAGUGUUCAACCAGGAGCCCAUUGUCCUCCCUGCCUGGGACCCGAUGGGAGCCUUGGCCAGGGAUGUCAGGUCUCAGCUGCAGUUUUAAUUGUUCUUGCCAUUAAGGGGUAAUAGUUCUCUGCAUUUUGUUUUAAGUACAAUUAAGUAACGUAUACCUCUAUUUACCUGCAUUUCGUUAAUUUUUUGCUGAAGUCUGCCUCUGGUCUGGUUUUGGCAAGUUGAAGGCUUGUUGCUCUCCCACCUGAGCCAAUACUCCCACUACCAGUUCUUGAUAUGGGAUUUCAACUCCAUGGAUCACCAGGAAGUUAGAUGCAUUAUAACCAGUGGGAGUCUUAAGCAUUUUAAGGGAACAAUAUGAUUUUUUAUUAAUGUUUUCUAACAUACUUCCUCAUUUGUUUGUAAGCUGAGCAUAAUGCUGCAGCUUACAUCUGCUGCCUAAGACUACCUACCCCUCACUUGUUAACAAAGCUCAUAUCUUCCUACUCCUUUCCAAUAUAUACAUACUUACUCAGUGACUAAUUUAUAUCAUAGGAAUCUCUAAUACUAUUGGUCUUAGCCUGACAAGUACAUUAAGGAAUGUAUACUACUCUUGGAUUUGCAUGCUGACUUGCCCAGUGGGUCUCUCAUACUCUUAUAAAUGCUCAGUCCAGGGUGAUCACAGCAUUCCAGAAGUGGCCUACUUUUUUUCCUGUAUCUGAAGGCCCUUGUGAAUAAGCUCAUGGAAGGCAGUUCUGUCUCUUAGCUUUCCUCAGGCAAUUGUCUUGUAUCCUACAGUAUUGACUCUCCGCUCUUUUGUAAGCUUAAAUAAGUGAUUGAUAGUGUGGAAUGUGAGCAUUUGAUGCGAUUUGAACUCAAGAGUUUGGUGUAGUAUGUUGUUGGUUAACAUGACAAUAUUAUACCUUGGUGGGUUAUGUUUCAGUUUAUUUUUGUAAUAAGAGGACCAUAGAUUUUUAUUAAAAUGACAAAGCUCCAUUCAGAAAAGAAAGAGAAACAAAUGUUUCACAGCCAGACAAAUGUCUUGUUGAGCAAACAAAGAUUAUUACAGGUCGACCAUCACUAACCCAGUUCCAUCACUAAUCCGGUACUGAUUUUGGCUAGCAUGAUUUCAAAUUUCCUAGGUUGCUGCACCAACCUGCCACCAUUAUGGUUUAUUGGAAAGUUGAUAAAAUGUAUUAAGAGUUUUUUAACAGAGCGUUGGAAAAAAUUACUAAGGAAGCAGUGUAAUAGUGAAACAGAAGCAAUACAAGAAUAACAAAAGCAAGGAGUGGAUGACCUAAUAAGCAUUGUAAAGCGAAAGAAGUCACAAGAAGAAGCUACCUGCUGCAUUAACAGCUGGCAUCACUUCCAAACACAUGGAAGCUACAGGUAACAGUGAUGCCGGAUUAGUGAAGGGUGACCUGUACCACAUUCUUACUAGUAUUAAAAGUAAUUUGAGUAAUCUGUAAUCAUUACUUAACAUUAUCAUAUAGCUGCUAAUGAAAAUAAAGCAUUUUAUUACAGCUGUGUGUUACACUUAGCUUCCAGCUUAUGGAAAUAAAAUUGAGCACUACAUAAACCUUAACUGUAAUGCACCACUAGGCAGUGCCUCUGUUUGUACUCCAAUAUUGUUGUUAUGAAGUUUAGCAAGAGGAAAUAGGGUGGUUCCUUUUAUAUAUUUACUCUGUAUAAAUUCUGUGUUUUGAAAUAUGCUAUUUUAACUUGAACUAUGUCAUGCAAUACCACACUAAAUGAAACAUACUCAAAUGUGAGAAUCUUUUUAUAAUUGUAUAUAUGUGACAGCAGUUAAGAAAAAGCAUGGACAUUUCCCAUCCAAGCCAAAUGAUAAUUGUUGCAUGGAUUUUGAUUCUUCCUUAGUGUCUAGUAAUGUACUAUACUGAUCAACCUGUACUUGUUACCAUUAGUAGCAAGUGACAGUGAUGUAAGUUUUUAAAAUGACUUUUGGCUUGAUACCAGUCAGAAUACAGGCAGCAUCUGUCUGGCUGUGACAUUUCUCUCUCCAGUUGGCACAAAUGCACCUAAAGUUAUUUAUAAUUACUGAGAAGUGAUUGGCUGCACAUGUGAUGAAUACUGUUUGAAGUUACUGUGCCAUCUCCAGUUUAAGGUAAAUCUCAGAUGAUCAUCAAAUUGGGCUGUAGCAUCAGAACACACACACACACACACACACACACACACACACACACACACACACACACACACACAAAAGGCAAGACAAGCUAGAGGAACUAAUCAUAUUUAGGCUCUCAUUUGAUUAUUAUGUUUUUAUUCAGGAUUGACAUGCAGUGCCAUUAGCUGUAUGUCCUCAUAAAUGCAUUUCCAACCAA